GUUCUGCUUUAUCGAGUUGGUGCAAGCACAACCUAGCCGUCUUUUCUAAAAUAUAGAACUCGUAAACUCGAAAUUUUAAUUCCGCCUCUUUAAGUAUAAGUAUAAGAUAACUCUGUCCACUAAGGCUCGAAAAAGCACAAGUUAUAGUGUGACUUAACCUUUCAGACAAGGGUGGAUAUAUAAUUUGUUCACUUUAUUGUAUAGGUUCGAUAGAAUCUAGUAGCUUUAGCCCGGAUCUUAUAUAAAUGUUGAGAAAUUCACUAGCAAGCAAGGGGUGUCUCGAAUCAUAAAUUUCAAAUCUUUGAUCCGUCUUUCCUUUCAGAGAUUCUUAUCUAGGAUCAUUUGUAAGUAGUAUUGUAUGUUUAGAAUGUUGAAAGAACUAUUACACAUUUGCGGAGAGCAUAAAGAAACAUGUGCGCGAAAGCUAGUCCAGACACCACGGUUAUAAAAAAAAAUAAACAUAAACAAAUAUGCAAUUGUUAGCUAAGUGGCUAUAUCUAGUUUUGUAUCUUUCUUUUGCCCUGAUAUUGUAGAUUCUCUCCUGAAUAUUAGCUAUUCGGGCCAUUUUCGAAGGGGAGCUAGGAAAGAUAAAAUUGUAUCUGUGUGACCUAUAGCCUUAGAAGCAACCACUAAUGCUUGGGUGCGGCCCUUUCCUAAGCCCUGCUAACGCGGGAUGCUUUGUGCACUGAGUUGUCAUUAUUUUGACCAUUUUCCUAGGAAUCCAUACUCGAUACUGUAGAUUCGCCCCUGAAUAGGAACCUAUACUCGAUAGUGUAGAUCCACACCUGAAUAUCAACAUCUAUGUAGACCAUUUUUUGGACUAAUGUCAUUCUUACUUCUACAGAGAUCAGGUUUUGGAGUACAUGAAGUGGGCUAAACCUAUUAUAGUAAAGCUUCUCGAGGUGUUGCUGGAGAAACUAAACGUUAAGCAGAUUGAUGAGCCGAUGAAGUCUGUUGUAAUGGGCACGUUGAUCGUUAACCUCAUUCACUACCCAGUGUGCCCAAACCCCGAGCUCACUGCUGGUGCUGGCCGUCAUGCUGAUGUUUCUUCGAUCACUAUGCUACUACAAGACGAUGUUGGUGGCCUUUACGUGCGAGAGCCCAAAGGUGAUGGCUGGAUUCAUGUGCCCCCAGUUAAAGGGGCACUCGUGAUCAAUAUCGGAGAUGUCCUUCAGAUCAUGAGCAACGAUAGGUACAAGAGUGUCGAGCAUCGUGUAAUCGUGAAUGCCAGUAGAAACAGAGUGUCAGUGCCCAUAUUUGUGAAUCCAGCACCUGAUGCAGUUUUUGGUCCUUUGACACAAGUGCUAGAAAAUGGAGAGAAACCAUUGUAUAAGCAUGUUGUUUAUUCAGACUACUUCAAUUAUUUCUUCAGUAAAGGCCAUGAGGGUAAGCAAACAAUUGAAUUUGCAAAACUAUGACAAGUUUGCUGAUUCAACACUCAUUUCAUCUAUGUAUAUGGAAUAUGAAACCUUUCGUAUCAAAGUAGUAACAAGCCGAGUAUUACAACUCUGGGGGAGAAACAAAGCUUCGUAGACAGACAGCUUCACUUCCUCCAAUCUAUAUAGUACAUAGCUUAGUUUUCACUUUGUCAUCAUAGUUGUACACUAUUCAAACUAUUCCAUUUUGGGACUUCAAACUAACCGCACGUGAAACUUCUGAUGAA